GGGGUGACACAGGAACACGGCCAGGUGGGCUUGGAAUGUCUCCAGACAGGAGAUCCCACACCCUCCCUGGGCACUGUGCCGGGGCUCUGCCACCCUCCGUGGGAAGAAACGCUUCCUCACUUUGAGAGGGAAUUCUCGUGGUUUGGUUCGUGGCCAUUGCUCCCUCAUCCUGUCGCUGGACACCGCUGGGAACAGCCUGGCACCGUUCUCUGACACCCCAUGGAAACAUUUCUGUUGAUUGACGGGAUCCCCUCUGAGCCUUCCCCUCUCCAGCCGGACCGUGCCCGGCUCCCGCAGUGCCUCAUCAUCCUCAUCAUCAUCACCAUCAUCAUGGCGAUGCUCCAGACCCCCAGGUGGGACCGGCUGGGCAGGAGGGGCGCGGCCGGGGGAGGAGUCGCUGUGACAGGCUGCUCCGUGCUCCUUGGAAGAUGGAUUACGCCAAAUCCCUGAGCCAGCGCCUGGCUGCCCCCGUGUCCAAAUGCGUCUCGGCCAGUGCCUCCAUGACCCAGCAGCUGCUGGCGGGCCCUGCCCCGACGCCCCGGCCCUUCCGCGUGUGCAACUGCGACCGCAGCCUGCGCAAGGGCGUCAUGGCCCCGAGCCUCGCCGAGCUGCUGCGCCAGGCCGAGAGCGCCCUGGCCCUGCCGGCGCCCAUCGUGCUGGUGCUGGACGAGGACGGCACGGCGGUGGAGACGGAGUCGUUCUUCCGGACGCUGGAGGAAGGCACGGCGCUGAUGGCCCUGAGCAAGGGGCAGGCCUGGACGGCCCCCAAGACCCGUGGCUACCAGGUGAGCCUGUCCCGCAAGCCCCCGCGCAGGAUCGACGUCGCCUGCGUCAGCUUCGACCUGUACAAGACCCACCCGAAGGACCCGGGCUGCCUCAACGUCAAAGCCACCCUGUAUGGCACCUACAGCAUGUCCUAUGACCUGCGCUGCUACGGGGCCCGGCGCCUGGUGAAGGAAGCCCUGCGCUGGGGGCUGUUCACCAUGCAGGCCACGGGCCACGUCCUGCUGGGCACCUCGUGCUACAUGCAGCAGCUCCUGGAUGCCACCGAGGAGGAGCAGAAGGAAGGGGAGAAGAGCUCUCCCCUGAGAGCUGAAGGGCUGCCCCUUCAGAACCUCCUGCCCUGCAGCCUCCCCGCCCUGCCCUACAAGAAGAUGUUGCAGUGAGGGCUGGCUGGCCUGGCCUGUCCCCUCUGCUGCCCCCCGCAACCCUCGGGGGUCCCAGCACCUCGCUAGGUCAAUGCCUGGGCAGAGGCUGCCACAGUGCCUGGCACAGCCUCUCUUCGCACUCCGCUGGCUGAGUGUGGCCAAAUCUGCUCUGGAAUAGCUGCUGCUCUGUAAAUAUAUUUAUUUAAGUAAAGUUCUCCUGAGUUCA